CAACCGUUGCCUUGUGAAUCAAGCGCCAUAGUCACCGUAGUCCUGGCGACUGUUACCCAUCAACAACAACUACUCCUCUCCUCCUCCUCCUCCUCCUCUUCCUCCUCCUCCUCCCCACCACCACCAUCUCCAUCACCCACCAACAACACCACAAUAAUCCACAGCCAAGAAACCAUCAUGCAGACAUCAGAGACUGGGUCGGACACAGGUUCGACAGUGACUUUACAGACAUCUGUGGCUGGCCAAGCAGCAGUGCCCACCCAAGUAGUACAGCAAGUACCCGUACAGCAACAGGUACAGCAAGUACAGACUGUACAGCAGGUGCAGCAUGUCUACCCAGCUCAGGUGCAGUAUGUGGAGGGAAGUGAUACAGUCUACACAAAUGGAGCAAUCCGAACAACAGCUUAUCCUUACACAGAAACCCAGAUGUACAGCCAAAACACUGGAGGGAAUUACUUUGAUACCCAAGGAAGUUCUGCACAGGUGACUACAGUGGUCUCAUCUCAUAGUAUGGUGGGCACUGGAGGGAUUCAGAUGGGUGUUACAGGAGGACAACUCAUUAGCAGCUCUGGAGGAACCUAUCUGAUUGGCAAUUCAAUGGAAAAUUCUGGCCAUUCUGUGACGCACACAACCCGGGCCUCCCCAGCGACGAUUGAAAUGGCGAUUGAGACGCUGCAAAAGUCUGACGGUCUGUCCACUCACAGAAGCUCUCUUCUCAACAGCCAUCUCCAGUGGCUGUUGGACAAUUAUGAAACAGCAGAAGGUGUGAGCCUCCCUAGAAGUACCCUUUACAACCAUUACCUACGACACUGUCAGGAACACAAACUGGACCCAGUCAAUGCUGCCUCCUUUGGAAAACUCAUAAGGUCAAUUUUCAUGGGGCUACGAACCAGGAGAUUGGGAACUAGAGGGAACUCCAAGUACCAUUACUAUGGGAUUCGUGUCAAGCCAGACUCCCCUCUUAAUCGACUACAAGAGGACAUGCAAUAUAUGGCUAUGAGACAACAACCCAUGCAGCAGAAACAAAGGUACAAGCCUAUGCAGAAAGUGGAUGGGGUUGCAGAUGGUUUCACAGGAAGUGGUCAACAGACAGGCACAUCUGUUGAGCAAACUGUAAUUGCCCAAAGUCAGCAUCAUCAACAGUUUUUAGAUGCAUCGAGAGCACUUCCAGAGUUUGGAGAAGUUGAAAUAUCUUCUCUACCAGAUGGUACUACCUUUGAGGAUAUCAAAUCACUGCAGAGUCUUUAUCGAGAGCACUGUGAGGCAAUAUUGGAUGUUGUUGUGAAUCUUCAGUUUAGCCUGAUAGAAAAAUUGUGGCAAACUUUCUGGCGUUAUUCUCCCUCCACUCCAGCUGAUGGCACUACAAUUACUGAAUCCAGCAAUCUGAGUGAAAUAGAAAGCCGACUUCCGAAAGCAAAGCUGAUAACUCUGUGCAAAAAUGAGUCUAUUCUGAAAUGGAUGUGUAACUGUGACCAUGGGAUGUACCAGGCUUUGGUGGAGAUUCUCAUUCCCGACGUCCUUAGACCUAUUCCUAGUGCCUUGACCCAAGCCAUUCGCAAUUUUGCAAAAAGCCUUGAAGGUUGGCUUUCCAAUGCCAUGAACAAUAUUCCACAGAGAAUGAUACAAACCAAGGUUGCCGCUGUAAGUGCCUUUGCCCAGACUCUGCGAAGAUACACAUCGCUUAAUCACCUGGCUCAGGCAGCUCGCGCCGUACUCCAGAACACUUCUCAAAUCAACCAGAUGCUCAAUGACCUCAACCGUGUGGAUUUUGCCAAUGUCCAGGAGCAGGCUUCCUGGGUGUGCCAGUGUGAUGACAACAUGGUUCAGAGACUAGAAACAGACUUCAAGAUGACUCUUCAGCAGCAGAGCACCUUGGAGCAGUGGGCUGCCUGGCUUGAUAACGUCAUGAUGCAAGCGCUAAAACCCUAUGAAGGGAGGCCCAGUUUUCCUAAAGCUGCACGGCAAUUUCUGCUAAAAUGGUCUUUCUACAGUUCAAUGGUCAUUCGGGACCUCACCUUGCGCAGUGCUGCUAGCUUUGGCUCUUUCCACCUGAUCCGUCUGCUCUAUGAUGAAUAUAUGUUUUACUUAGUAGAACAUCGUGUUGCUCAGGCAACAGGAGAGACACCUAUAGCAGUCAUGGGCGAGUUUGGUGAUUUAAAUGCUGUGUCCCCUGGAAAUAUGGAUAAAGAUGAAGGCAGUGAAGUUGAAAGUGAAAUAGAUGAAGAACUGGAUGAUUCUGCAGAGCCUCAAGCCAAAAGGGAAAAAACAGAGCUGAACCAGGCAUUUCAGGUGGGCUGCCUACAGCCAGUCCUCGAGAGUGGAGUACAACAGAACCUUCUGAAUCCCAUUCACAAUGAGCACAUUGUCACAAGUACUCAGACUAUCAGACAGUGCAGCGCCACUGGAAACACCUAUACUGCAGUCUAACAAAUAUUAAAAGCUUAUUUUUCCAGAUUAUAUUUAACCCUGGUGAUGUUGGGCUUAAGUUGACAAAGGAAUAAGCCUGAAGGUCGACUGUUGUCAAAUUCUAUCUGUGCUGAACAUUACCUUUUGUCGGAGUUGUGAAAUGGAAUGGGUGUAUGUAUUUUUGCCAGGUCUGUUUAAUUUUUUUUUGUAAACAAAUCAUUUGCCUCUCAAUAUGAAGAUUUUUCUUAGUUUUGGGUGUCAAGAAGGAGUUUUGCAAAGCUUAAUGUCAAUGUUUUUGUCCUUUAUAAUUAAAAAGUAAUUUACUUUUUUUCAUAGUUUAAAAAUAUGUUAAUGUUAAUUGUUAGUCAUGGUGUAUGAUUUCACAUGUAAGUUUUUUAAUUAGGUGCACUUCUGUGAAAUAUCAAAAGAAACGAAUUCCUUUGAUUUACACUGGAGGCAUAUAUUCAUUUGACAGCAGAUGCAUCAAAUUUGCUUCUGAAAGGUGCUUUUCAUUGGACAGAACCAUAAGACACUAUUCUGAUAAUAUUUUCUGAGUGUGGAGGGAGAAUACAGAGCAUUUUUAUCAUAAUGCUAGAGGGUUGGGAAGGUCACCUAUUUUUCUCUGAGGAAAAAAAAUUGAGCUGUGCAUUUAUCGGCAUAGAAUAAAGGACAAUUGCCAGAGAUCAUGUUAAUGUGUACGUAAUAUGUAUGCAUAAUUAUCAAACCACGUUAACAAUGCAAGCUUCCGUUAAACAUCGAGUUUUAGAUAUUAUUUGAGUACCAAUCCCUCUGUUUGAAUACUACUGAGUCUGUAUUUGGGACCACUACACACAGAUGUUUUCUGCUGUUAAGUGGAGAUGUUGUAGUUAGAUACUGAAAAACUGAAAAAAGUAAUGACUUUUUUUAUUAUUAUUAUUAUUUUAAAUGUACAUGCUACUUAUGCUUAGCUGGACAUACAGGAAACCAUUCCGUCUGGAUGACUUUCUUCUAUUCCAGGUCUUUUUUUUUUCCUAAUAGUAGUUCAAUGUGCUGCUAUUCUAAAAGAUAAUUUAUAGAAUGCAAGGAAUGUAGCAACCUGCGUCAUUAUGUCCUUCAAAAAAAAAAGAUAUUUCCUGGUUCCUAAAGUAAGUGGAUUUAAAUUUUAAGAAGAAAACUAAGGCAGUGUAACUGGCACACCUCACUUUUACUUAUUCCCGACUCGGUAGGAUUGGAGUAGGUGGCUAGAUGGACCAUUGCCAUUUAAGAAUGUACAUCAGGGAUCAUUGUACCUCGGCUAUUACAUGGUGCCUUAAAAACAGAACUGAAGCUAAGGUUUAGUACUUUUUGUUAAUAUGAGUAACUCUGAAAUCCAUUUAAUAAGGUGUGCCUGUCAUUUUCCAAUUCCCCGAAGUAAGGGCAGGUUACAUAUUCUUCAAAGGAAAUUUAGGGUGGGGAGGGGGUUGGAGAAAGGGAGGUUUGAAUACCUCUCUCCAAGUGAUGGUAAACCUAGUUUUUCUUGUUUAGAACUGAAUUUCACUUUCUUACAAAUCAGAUUUGCUUAGGGUUGUGAGGUAGCAGGCUAGUUUUAAUACCAAUUUGUGUCAUUCGAAGUAGGGUUCCCAUACCUCCAAGCAACAUGACAUUUUCUAAGCCCUCCUUGUCUCAUUUUAAUUUUAGAAAGUAAACAAAAUGAGCAGGUACUUAUCGCAGUGCAUCUUUUUCAGUGUAUGUGUGUGUCUAUGUGUAUGCUUGUGCUUGUGCACACACAUGCAGGCGCUCAUGUGUGAGCACAAAGGGGUAUCCAUCUGCCGCCAGAUUGGAAGGUGAGCCUAUCCCCAUUAUUAUCAAUGUGAAAUAGCGCCACUGUGUUAAAUGGUCCACCAUUUUUGUUUGUUUGUUUGUUUGUUUUAAACGUGGGCACACCCAUUUACUUAAGUAGUGAAAAAUGAAUAAGCAAAAAAACAAAAACAAAACAAGCCAAAAAUGAGGGAAAGCACAAGAAUUUGCAGAUUCCUAAUAAGGCCUAUAUACAAUUAGAUGGUUGAACUUACCCGGUUUGUCUAGGAGGGGUAGGGAGGAGCCAAUCUGUCAUGUUUACUAUACCAAAUGACUUAACUACACAAGCAAUGAAUGGUACAUUUAUUGCUUGAUUUUCUUAGGCGCAUCAGAAAACCAAUAUCAACUAAAUUUUCCUAAUUAAAUUUCUAACAUUAUAAAUGUAAAAAGUUUUAAAAUUGAUUCAUAUAUUAUGCUAUACAAAUCAGGCAUAUUUUUGGAGUCUUCAUUAGAACCGUGGCUUUUUUAAAAAAAUCCUAAUAGCAUUGAAAUGAUCAUUGUUUUAUACCCUUCUAAAUAUCAACAUGUUUGCACCCCUCACCAAAAAACUUAAGCUUCAAUAAACAUUUGUCCACUUCAUUGUGCAUUAUGAAAUGUUUACAAGUAAAAUGAAGUGAAAUUAAAAUUAAAAUGGCAAAAAAACCUUUUCAUUUUCAACAUCAACAAUUUUUGCUUUUGUUUGUGAGUUGUUUGCUUUCCUUUAGUACUGAUGUUCUGUACUACACCAAAUGUAGUUAUGACUUUCCUCCUAUGUGUUGACCAACUUUAAAUGCAUCGUUCUUUUGUCAUUGACCCUUUUCAUUUUAAUGGUGAAUUUGUUUGUACCAUUAGAGGCCUCUGGUUGCAACAUGCAAAUUUAGAUGGAGAUGAAAGGUGUAGGGUCUUUGGAACCCUCCACGAUUCACUUCUUCCCCUCAUUGUUCACUGUUCUCUAAAGAAAAACAUGGUAGAGCCUAGCAAAAUGAAGUCAUUUUCCAACUUAAUCCAAUUAAUUGCUUUCUGAUCCACAAUGUGAACAAGAUUAAAAAGUUGAGUGCCAGAAAUCUUUAAUAACAAAGAAUGUGUACACACAUGCACCAGCAUUUCCCUUUGUGCCCUCCUCAAUGGUCUGGAUUUCACAAUGGGCUAUUAAUUCCUUACAUAGAACCCCCCCCCCCGGUCCAGUUUGACUUAGGGUAUUCAUUUGAAAGCCAAAUUAUAAUAGUUCACAUGUCCAAAGAAAUUGGAGCAAUUGCAUAUUCAUUGCAUUGUUUGAAAGUCGUACUUACUCCAGUUUUUAUCAUUUGUUGCUACUGGUAUUUUUCUAAACAACUUUGGACACUAGAUCUCUGUCAACAGAGUCAUAUAUUUGUACAUGGAGUAUGGAUUUAAAGAAAGGACUUCUUUCCAUUUGACCUGGGGUUACAAUCCAGUACUAAUAAUCUAUAAUUUAUAGGUUUAUAAGAUUCUUAUAAUUUUAUAAUCUAUAAUGAAUAUUACAUGUUAUAAUCCAAAAUAACCUUAUGAGCUAUGUGAAUAUAGUUAUAAUGGGGAAACUUCCUACUUUUUCAGAGAGCAACAUAUAGGUAGAAUCCACUAAUUUGGGGGAUUAAUAAAAGGCAUUUCUUGCCCUCAAUAUUGAAUAUGAUGAAUUUUAUUUGAGUUUGAAAACUAUAUAUACCCCCAAACUUUAGGAUCCAAGAAAACAGUGAGCAAUGGGGGUGAGGGUUAAAUUGGCAAAUCAUUUCUCCCUGGAAUACACAGGGCUCAAUUUUCAAAAGUUUUCUGUGGAUACCAUGUGUCAUCAUCAAAACUCAAUCUGGAGUUGCUAUAUUGAUCUUAUCGCCCUUUCAAUCCGUUUUCCUUUCUCUACUUAUUCUUGUACUGUGCCGCACAGCUCGUGUCCCUCUUGCUAGAUUCUGAACUUUAAGAAAAUGGUUUUAAUGCGGCGUGUGUAAAGUGAGUCAUGUGCAGCAUGCCCGCCUUAGAUUCAUAAAUGAGGGAAAACAAACAUGUUCUCGUCUAGUGCUGGAAGCGUCCUUCAGGAAUGUAUAUGGUCUGUAGAUGGUAACCAUGAUUGCUUUUCCCCGAGCCUAGUCCCCACAAAGGGUGAUUAAGGUACUUUUCCUUUCUUUUCAGAUGAUGUAUUUAAAGUAUCUGAAAUGCUAUGCUCUUGAUGAUUUGAGUGAAAAAAAAAUGUGUGUCAGUCACUGUGACAUUUGGUCCUCACCAUGUGGACACAAGUGAAAGGGGUCGGCAGCUCUCUUUCAUGAGCAGUUUGAAGAAGUGGUUAUAACAAUCAAGUUGACCUCUGUGAUAUCAAACCCUCCCCCUUAAAAAUGAUAUUAAAAUAAUCCUCAAAUUAUUUUAAUGUUCUGGUGAUUACCAAUUGUAAAAUUUAGACAAAAUCAAUUCCAGAAAGUGAAAAAAAAUAAUUUGGCAUAUGCAGUCAUCUUCUCUGAAAAUUGGGCCUUGUCUCUACAGAAUAGGACAACCUCUGUGUAUACAGUUAGAACAAGUCAAUGAGUGGGAUCUGAGUGUUUCUGCUAGUUUGGUGAUUUGAAGAAAACUGGGAUAGGAGCAUAACUCAGUGCUUAGUUCUAGUGUUAGAAAAAAUCCAUUUGAUGUAAUUAAUACCUUGUAUUAACCCUUUGAGCAUUGUAAGAUAUACAAUGGGGACUAAAGCCUUUCGGAUCAUUUAUUUAGACUAGUCUGGUAAAAAGACUCUAUUAUAUCCAAAUGUCUAAUUAUACUGUUUUUUAAAAGAGAGAGAGAAAAAAAAGUGUUUCCAGACUAAAUACUUGCAUUUUCUAUACAUUUUAUAAUUUUCUGGAAGAGGGCUCAAGAUACUUAUUCCAAAAUAGUCACUGCCAUCCAAGUUAUGUGUACUGUUUACAACAAACUAGAACUUUCACUUUUUCAUACCAUGUAAAUAUCUAGGAAAGGGGGACAAAUCUGUGGGCUUGUACACCUAUGUCAUAGCUGAAAACCACACAUGGAAGGUACUUAGAUUGCCUUGAAAAGGUAGGUUACAAAAAAAAAAGGUGAAUUUGAAUUUUUGGACUUAUUUUUUAAAGUUUAAUUUACUUAGCACUGCAAUGUACAAGUCUUUGCGAAGCCUUAGGAAUGAAAGAGGAGUUUUAAUAAUUAAAGAAAAGAUAACUAUUGCCAGGCAGUUAGGCGGAUCACCGCUACAUCUUUCACAGAAUAACGUUUGGGAAUGCAUCCUUAAUGGACGUAAUUUUAUUCAUGCUAUGAUUCUUUUGUAGUUUGUCAUAAAGAUCAUAUGUAGAUAGAAUGGAGAGUAACGGUACUUGAUUUAGGCUCAUCUGUCAAGGGAUGCUAUGCUAUGUAUACUGCUUCUGACAUCUGCAGAUGUCAGUCUACUACACAGCAGCUGAUUCUGUUCAAGGAUACUCUUGGUGCACUUGGUCCCCUCUGUCCCCUGUUCUCAUCAGGCCCAAGAAUGGGGUUGCCUGCAGAGAUGCUGGCCUGGCAGGGUACAGAGAAAAACGUAUCCUAGUAACAUGUCCAGCAAAAUGACAUCACGAGUAUAGUGCAAGUAUGCUGGAUACAUUGGGGAUUUUUUUUAGGCAGUUUAGAAAGUCAAACCAUGCAAAUUAUUCACAUGUUAAAAUUAGUUUAAAACAAAUGCAAUACUCAAAGGGUUUUAAUUUUACUCUCUUUUUUUAAACAGAAAAAAUUCUUCAUAAUGAUUUACUGUAAAUGCUUCUCAGUUUGCAUGCCUUGAUCAUUGCUGCUAGUGAUUUUAUGUGCCAGUAGACCUGAGUUUAGUUUACCAAUUUUACUUAAAAUAGUAAAAGCCACUUACAAAGUGACUGCCUAGUUUUCAUUUGAAGUAAACUCUGAUAUGCCUUAUUUUCAAAAGGUGUUUUGUCUGUUCUUUUCUUUGGUUCUGGUUUUGAUUCUUUUCCCACGUUCCUUUAUUUUUUCAAACAAAUUAUGGUGUUGGGAUUGGAAGCCCUGAGUAAUGAAAUCUUUGGUAAGAAUUGUUUAUCUAGCUCACCAAUAAAUCUCUGUUAGAGGAAUUAUGAUUCUUGGGAGUAUAAAGCUCCCCACUGACUGUUGUUAACCAAGUAAAUUUUUUCCUGUGAGAAAUUAGUAUUUUCAAGUAGUUAUUGCCUUGUUUUAACUUGCUGGACACAAUUUUAAAUAACCCAAUAAAGAGGUAUAGAAUUUUAUUCCUUUAAAAAGCAUCUUUUGUACCAAAGCAAAUUUUUUUUCUCCACUCAUCUCCAUCAUCAAUUUGGACCUAUAGUAGCAACCAUCAUGAAUGGUUACAGAAACUUUAAGUGAGUGCCUUUAGAAAACAUGGAAAUUUGUGCCUGAGGUGGUAAACUUUUAAUUAGGUUAAUUGUAGUGCUUACCAAUCAGUAAUUCUACUAUCACUCAGGGCUUUCGUACCUUCUAGGUGACUUCUUUCAUUGUGUUUUUUUAAAAUGCUGUAUUUU